UUAAACCAUUUGAACAUAAUAAUGAGCUCGUCUAAAGUAGAUAUUGGUUUUUUGGAAGAUAAAAAUAGUUGGCUUCUUCACCCUCGAUUUUUUCCUAGCAAAGUUGGAGGUAAACCGGCAUGGUUAGAUUUACAGAACUUACCAUUGCCAACAAAACUAACCUGCAAAAUAUGUAAUGAUCCAUUGAUAUUUCUAUGUCAGAUCUAUGCACCUUAUGAAGAAUCAAAAGACUGCUUCCAUCGCACUAUAUUCAUUUUUAUCUGUAAAAAUGGUUCCUGUUGUAAAACGAAUACUUCAGAAAAUAUUUUAGUCCUUCGUUGUCAACUGACUCGAGAAAAUAUAUUUUAUGAAACGGAACCCUACAAAGAGAAUGAAAAUGAAGAAUUUUCAAUGGAUAACUGGUCAAAAUUGUGCAAUAUUUGUGGCAUUAAAGCACCAUCACAUUGUUCAAAAUGUAAAAAAACAUAUUAUUGUAGUCGAAAACAUCAGAUCCUUGAUUGGCAAAAGGGUCAUAAAGAAAUAUGCUCACAAUUAAAUAACCCUAUACAAAACAAUUUUUUGGUUACUGAAGCAGGAAAAUCUAUUUUAUUCAAGGAAUGGGAGCUGGUGGUAGAUGAAGAAGACGAUGAAGACUCUCCUAACACUAAUAUUGAUAUUGAAAUGGAGAAAUUAAAUAAAUUAAUGCAAGAAAAGAAGGCUGGAACCUUGAGUAAUGUAAGCGAAAAUGAGUUAGAACAAUAUGCAACACCUAUUCCUGUAGACAAAGUAUUUAAAAAAUUCAGUAAAAGGGUGGCAAGACAUCCAGAUCAAGUGUUACGAUAUGAAAGAGGUGGAGUUCCUUUGUGGAUAACAGGCAACUGUGAUAAUAUAAAUGUACCCAAUUGUCCAUACUGUAAUGGAGAAAGACAAUUUGAGCUUCAAGUGAUGCCACAACUUCUAAACUUCAUUAAUGUUGGUAUAGAUUUAAACAGCAUAGACUGGGGUGUGCUAGUUGUAUAUACUUGUAAAAAAAGUUGUAAUGCUGGUCCAGCAUAUAAGGAAGAGUUUAUUUUAAAACAAGAUCUAACUAAUUAA